AUGGUGGUUCCAUUCAGCCUUUUGGAUAAUAUGAGAACAGAAGAAGAAAAAGCAUGGUUUUUGGUAGAGAGUGAAGAUGACGAUGACCAGUGCUCAUCUUCAAGUACAUCGUCAAUCGGGAAGGACAGCGAUGUCCCAAAAUGCGGUGACAUAGACGAUGAGAAUGAGGCUCAGAGUGCGUAUAAAUAUGAUGAACCAUUCUAUAUGAUGGACUCACUCGAACACCUUCCCAUCAGGAAGGGAAUCUCAAAGUUCUAUGAUGGCAAGUCUAAGUCAUUCAUGAGCUUAGCAAAUGCUGUUUCUGCACCAUCCGUUAAAGAUAUUGCAAAGCCAGAGAAUGCAUACACAAGGCGGCGUAGAAAUCUGAUGGCCUUCAAUCAUGUUUGGGAGAAGAAUAGAAAUUUCCUUUUGAGAAGUAAUAAUGGUGGAAUUUGUAAGAGAACAUUAAGCUUGAAUCGAAGCACCGUGGCUCUUGCUUCUGCAAUGAACUGUGAUAGUAGUAGUUGUUGUUCCAGCGAGGAAUCAACUUCAAGUUCAAAUCCUAGGUCUCCUCCACCUAUUCGAGGAAAUCAAGUGUCUAGAGCAAGUUCCAGUCCAAGCUCUUCUAUUCACUCUCACUGA